AGGACCCCCCCAUCAAAUGGCAAGGGUCUCUGUGGGGAAGGAAGAUGGCCAGUGCCUGGCAUGUGAACAGCUGCCUGGCCCAAAUUGGGCCUGAUCAAGCUGUUCAUGCACCACAAAAACCUGCAUCAACUUUGGUGUUUUGAAGAAAGGCUGGGGCUUCUUACAACGUUGCUAACUCCAGGACAAAGUCGAGUUAACCAGGGAAAUCAAUGGUAUUUCACUGGAAGUCACUGUGUGCCAUGGAAACAGACAUCACAAGCAUCAAGAUGAGCACAGUUUUUUGCCUGUGCAGACAAGGCCCUAAAGAUCCAUAUGGGAGAAUGAGUUAACUUGGAUGAAUUCACUUCCAAGAAAUCUUUGGUUGAAGGAACUGUGCUAAUACAAGCUGAAAAGGUGAUCCAAGUCUGUCUCACUGUCUGGAUGACUUUUCCCUCCCAUUACUGAUGGCAUCGGGAAACGACCAGAACAUAAAACGAAGCUACAGUAGGACCAUUUGUGGAACAUGCUAAAUAACCCCAACAAGCAGCAUGUGCUUUGAAUGCUGGGACAGCAGGCAUGAAUGCAAUCAGAAAGAAGAGAUUUUGGGCAUCCUGUUUCUGCCUUAUGACCAUCUUUUUUCUUCUGGUCACUCUCCAGGUGGUUGUAGAACUUGGUAAGUCUGAAAAGAUGAUGCCGAAAAGCUCACUUUCACAAAAUAAUGCUUUCAGAAAGGAAGAGCUGGAAAAAUAUGUCAAUUCGUUUGUAAAGAACCCAGAACUUUACAGUGAUACAGAAGAAAUUUUAAACCAAGACAGAUAUCCUAUCUUGCUGUGGUGGUCUCCAUUGACAGGAGAGACUGGACGACUUGGUCAGUGUGGACAAGAAACUUGCUUCUUUACUAUCAACAGGACCUAUCAGAACAAUCCUAUGAUGAAAGCCUUUCUCUUUUAUGGUACGGAUUUCAGCAUAGAUGGCUUGCCUCUCCCUCGCAAAGAUGACCACGACUGGGCCCUUUUCCACGAGGAGUCUCCAAAAAACAAUUACAAACUCUUCCAGAGCCCUGCUAUCACUCUGUUCAACCACACAGCCACAUUCAGCCGCCACUCACACCUCCCACUUACUACCCAGUACCUUGAAAGUAUUGAGGCCUUAAAGUCCUUGAGGUAUGUAAUUUCUUUGCCAAAAAAGAACAACCUGAGGAAGAGGCUUGCACCACUUGUGUAUGUCCAGUCAGACUGUGAUCCACCGUCCGACCGGGACACUUAUGUAAAGGAGCUUAUGGCUUAUAUUGAGGUGGACUCCUAUGGAGACUGCUUACACAAUCGAGAUCUUCCAGAGCAUCUCAGGAACCCAGCUUCCAUGGAAAGUGAUGUCUUUUACAAGAUCCUCGCCCAGUACAAAUUUGUUUUGGCAUUUGAAAAUGCUGUAUGUGAAGAUUAUAUCACUGAAAAACUCUGGAGGCCACUGAAGUUGGGAGUUGUGCCGGUAUAUUUUGGUUCCCCCAGUGUUGAAGAUUGGCUUCCAAGCAACAGGAGUGCCAUUCUAGUCACUGCAUUUUCACACCCCAAGGACCUGGCACAAUACAUCAAAGUGUUGGACAAAGAUGACAAGGAAUACGAGACGUAUCUUGAGUGGAAACUAAAGGGAGACGUGUCCAACCAACGACUGCUUGCUGCCAUCAAAGAGCGCACCUGGGGAGUGCAAGAUAUCAUGAAAGACAAUUACAUUGAUGCAUUUGAGUGCAUGGUGUGCAGAAGAGUUUGGGAAAACAUCCGCAAGCAAGCAAAGGGACUGUUACCGAAAAGGUGGAAUGCAGAAGCUAGCCACUUGAGCUGCCCCAAACCUCAGGCAUUUGUUUUUUCUGCUCCAAACAUGGAAAAUACAGCUCUGCGGGAGAUGUGGAUACCAAGCUUUGAACAGUCCAAGAGAGAAGCACAUGCGCUGCGGCAGCUGGUGGAAAGGAACAGAAAUUUCACAGCUCAGGAGUUUUGGACUCUGGUGUUUAGAGACCAAUUUUUGGAAGACAAUGAGCCCUUGACUCAGGAUGGAAAAAAGACAAUCACUCAGAAAAGAGCCACCCACAAAUGAUCUGGUUGUCAUUGUUUGCAGAUUGCCUUAAUAAGUGAGUAGGAAGCAGUUUUAACAACUGCACAUAGUAUUCAGUGAAUACUAAUAAAGAAGAAGAAUGACCCCAUUGGGUCUUCUUACGUUUAUUGUAUACUAAUAUUUAGUAUAAAUUAUUAAUAUAGAUUAUUUGUAUGAUUAAUGUUUGGCCAGUACCCCUCCCCCCCAAUGUAAUAAGGUCAUUGUUAGUAUGGCAAGACUCCUCUCCGUCCCAUGCAGUUGAGCUUUUGGGCUUAUUUACUAACUUUAUCCAUGGUACUAGGCACUGGUUCUUCUGUCAUUUGAAGAAGUCAUGAAUAUGAAUCCCAGAUCACUUUAUGGUCAGAGGGCCAGCAGAGACAUGGAAAAGUUUUAGAAGAGGGAUUUGCAACAUCAGUUCACCCCAGUGCUACAAAAUUGUAGACACAAUAGUCCAAAAUACCCAGAGGGGCAAAGUUUUCCUACCAAAGUAAUGAAAAGAACUCCUUACCCACGCUUGAGCUGGCUCAGUCAUGUUACUGGAACUACAAGGGGCCCUUAAAGUCCACUGGGGUUUGGUUCCAGGACCUCCCGUGUGGAUACCAAAAUCCAUGAACACUCAAGUCCCAUUAACUACAAUGGCAUAUUAAAGUGGUGUUCCUUAUAUAAAAUGGCAAAAUCAGUUUGCUUUUUUAUGUAUUUUAAAAACAUUUUAAAGCCAUGGAUGCUUGAAUCUGUGGCAAAAAAAAAUAUCUGUAGAUAUGGAUGGCUGAUUGUAUUUUCAUGUGACUUGAUACCAUACCACUCUGGUAAAUUCUGCAAAGGGCUAGCAUGUAAUUUGGAUGACAGGUUUAUUUUCAUUGCUGUGGGAAAGAACCAUAUCAUUUUCCUGAUCCAUAAUGCUUAAUUGUUUUGCAGGUCAUGAAAACUGGCUGUGGAGAGGUAGCUGUUGGGUGUGUGUGUGUGUGUGUGUGUGUGUGAUCUUCUAUAUGCUGUUGGAUUUUCAGUGAUUUUCAGUGCUGAGCUUCAAGGAAAUCCUUGGAGCCCUGGAUCUAUAGAAGUUCGGGACACUGCCUGUUAAGGAAAACAUAGGUGAUUUCCUUAGCUACUCUUCCCAUAAUGCUUUAUUUCUGAGAUCUCCCUCAAAGAGG